UCCGUCCGUGUUCACGCUCUGAUACUUAUGUGGCUAUAAUUAAGCUUGUAUGACAUUAAUGUGGCUAAAAUCUUUUAAGUGGCUAACCCCAUAAAAGAUUUCUAUAGACAUCAUUUUCUAACUUUAAGUGGCUUGAUAUCAACAUUUUAUUCUUCUAGCCACUCAAAAAUUGGUAUGUAAAUUUCCAUGCUAUGGACGUCCAAUAUCAGUCCAUAGCGUGGUAUGUAGCAUUAGCCUCCCUUAGAUAAUUUCGCCGAUUUCGGUAAUUUCGCGUCUUUCCGGUAAUCAUCGUGUAUUUUUUUGGUGCGCAUGCGCAGUAAAAAGCACAUUUCUCGCCGAAAUGGGAAGGAAACGUAAAUUGGUGGACAAAAACUCCUCCACAAAUUUGGAUAAAAUACCAAAGGAUGUUAGAAUUACAGGUGAAUCCUUUGUAUGGGCAAAAGUAGGUGGUGUCCCCAAAGGUGUGCUGUGGCCAGUCAUGAUUAAAAAGAGGAUAUCAGUGUAUCAUUUUCAUGUCUACAUCAGAAGUGACAAUGCCAUAUUGACAGUGGAAUGUAAAGAUGUAGUUCCUUUUCAGGAUAACACUAGUGAAAUUAAACAAGCUACCAUUGAAAAACUGAAGAACAGACCCGCAACUUUAAAGUGUUUCGAAGAAGACUUUGAAUGGGCUGCUAGAGAGGUUGAAUUUGCAUUUAAUCGGAGUGAUACCAGUGGCACUAGCCCACAUUCUGCCAGUCAGUGUGACUCUGGUGGUGGUGACAUAAAAGAAAAUGUGGAAAACAAUGCGUCAGGACCAGUAGAAGAGGCAAACACUCUGACAGAACCCUGCAUCAAUACUCAACCCACUGCCAGUCAAUGUGACUCUAGUGGUGGUGACAUAAAAGAAAAUGUGGAAAACAAUGCGUCAGGACCAGUAGAAGAGGCAAACACUCUGACAGAACCCUGCAUCAAUACCCAACCAACUGUCAGUCAAUGUGACUUUGAGUUUGGUGACAUAAAAGAAAGUGUGGACCUUAACAUGACAAGCAAAUACAGAGGAAAAAAUCUUGAGGAGAUAGACAUAUCAGAUUUGAUUUUUCCCGACUCUGAGAAUGUAGAAGAAGGUAAUGAACAUGAGCUUGAAGAUGUUUUAGAUGAAACAGAUGUUACCACAAGCAAUAUUGAUGAAGUUGUGUUUCAAAUGGCUGAAUCGGAUUCUGAUGCUAGAGAGGAUGAAGAUGAGGAUGAAGAGGUGGUAGAGGAAGUCAAACGUUCAAGGAAACAAAAACGCCAAGUCAUAAGACAAAAAUGGGAUGAAAUAGAAAUGAAAGAAAUUGAACAGUACUUUAGAUCUUACCUUGAUGCUAAAGUGUGCCCAAGGAAGAAAGCAGUGGAGCUAGCAAAAAAGCAGAGCAAAAACCGUAAUGGAAAGAUAUGGAGAAGGACAAAUGAUAAAAUAGUGAAAAAAAUUAGUGCCCUCAAUCACAAGAAGUAAUGUAUGACUGAUUAAAGAAGUAAGACAUUGUGACUUUUUUGCGUCAUAAGUGUCUGACAGGAAACAUUUUAUUUGGAUUUUUCUUUGAAUAAUAUUUCUGGAAGGGUUUGUUUCAAGUAUUUUUCUUUAAAUUGUUGUACAGACUUUCAGGAAGAAAGAAUUUUUCUUUAGUUGUAAAGUACAUUUACAGAAAGUAUUUGUUGAGAAUUUCUUAAGUAUAGACAUUGUGACUUUUUUGCGUCAAAGGAAACAUUUAAUUAGGAUUUUUCUUUGAAUAAUGAUAUUUUCUGGAAGGGUUUGUUUCAAGUAUUUUUCUUCUUUUCUUUAGUUGUAACAUACAUUUACAGAAAGUAUUUGUUGAGUAUUUCCUCAAGUGGGCACAUUCACGUACAGGUGUUUUUAUUUUUGUACUUGUAACAAACAUUAUUGACAAUUUUUGGUUUUUCCUUCAAUAGUAACAUACAUUUACAAAGACUUGUUCAUUACAAAAAGGUUCUCUUUAGUGAACCUUUCUUUGAUUACAGAGAUUUUUUCUUUGUCGAGUGUUAUUUUUCUUCUGUUUACUAACAAACUCAGACAAACUCUUGGAGUUGAAAUUAAUUCGACAUAUUUGAAUAGAGGUUCAAAAACUUACAUGCUUAAAGGACUUGAGCAAUUAGAAAUUUAUACUGACUGAGGCUACCUGCUUAAUGAUUGGUUCUUUGUUCCAUGUAUUUGUUUUUGAGUUAAGCUUCACACUGAAGAAAAUUGCAUAGGCUUGAUGACUUAUGAAUUGAAAGUUGAAAGUGUUUUGGUUGUUUGUUUUUCUGACCACAGUUCACUGGAGCAUAACAUACAACAUACAUAGUAUAUUGUUUUUGGUGUGCUUCUGUGAUCGCCCUCUGUAUGUUGAAAUUUGUAACAAAUUAUGUAGGGAAAACUGUAAACAGUCUUUUUGUCUGUAAUUGCAAGUCCAUAUUAUUUUAUGUUUUGUAUAUAGCAUCAUACUUUAUCAAAACUUGGGGUCACCAAUUUAACAUAGACUUACAUGUAUAAGGAAAAUGUUUUGAAAUGGCCUUGUUUAAAACGGUAAGCUCUAAUGUUUUCAUAUUUAGCACAAGUAUUACCCAAAAAUUGUCAUAUUAUUUAAAGAAAACAAUAAAAGCAAAAAAUAUAUGAUAAGAACACCUCUGUCACACUGAUUUUAGCUCAGAAAUUACAUAGGGAGGAACUUGUACCCGUUGUUUGUUAUAGGAGUAUGACCUUAAAAUUUAGACCAUGUACUCUAUGCAUUCAAGUUUAAUGUUAAGUGAGAUUUGUCCUAGUGCCUGCUUUUUAUUUGUGAUGUCAUUUAGUUGGUAAGCGAUAUUUUGCUAUUGUAGCCCUCUUUUGCAUAGCUGCAUGGCGCCAGUUCAGUGGCAGUUGUAGCAUUUCUAUGGAAAUGGUCUCAUAUAUUUUAAGUAAAUUGUUCAAUAUUGGAUUUAGAUGCAAUAAUAAUUUUUCUUUUUACCAUGCAAUCUAGUGUCAAAAUCUAAGUCAUGCAUCAGUAAGUCAAGGGCCAAAGACCAUUGAACUUGGUUUAUCAUGACACAUGAUUAAUAUUGAUUUCGGGUUACUACAGCAAAUGUUAAGGUCAUAAUGACCAUUUAUAUUGUUUUAAAGAAACAACAUGGAGAACUUUGCUUUGUAAGGUUUUUAGAAAGGUUUGUCAUUUGUAAAUGAUGCAUAUUUUGUUGUUACUGAAUUAAAAUUUAUUUAGUGGUUCAUAGUGCAUACUUUGAUUUUGACCAAUAAAAUAAUAAAAUGUUCA